UGCUGCAGAACGUGCCCCACCUGGGGCUCCCAGCUCAGCCAUGCUGGCCUGUCUACAGAGGACUCAGAACCCGCCCGGCCAACACCUGGUCUGUCCAAGCAAGAGCCUGGAGCUGCGCAAGUGUGAGUCAGUGGCCAGCCCUAUGCGUUCCUCCCGCUAUCCCAGCCCAGCCGAGCUGGAUGCCUACGCUGAGAAGGUGGCCAACAGCCCACUGUCCAUCAAGAUCUUCCCUACCAACAUCCGAGUGCCUCAGCACAAGCACCUGAGCCGCACAGUCAACGGCUAUGAUACCAGUGGCCAGCGCUACAGUCCCUACCCUCAGCACUCCGCUGGCUAUCAGGGCCUGCUGGCCAUUGUCAAGGCUGCGGUUGUCUCCUCUAGUUCAGCUGUGCCCUCUGGACACACCAAAAGUGUGCUGAAGAGUGUGGAGGGCAAGCGGACUAAACUGUCACCGGCCACCGUGCAGGUGGGCAUCGCACCCUACCCAGUGCCCAGCACUCUGGGGCCUUUGGCCUAUCCGAAGCCACCCGAGGCACCUGCCCCCCCACCCAGCUUGCCUGCAGCAGCCACUGCCACCUCUGUGAUCCCUCUGCCGGGCCGGGGCCUUCCCCUGCCACCCUCCAAUCUGCCCUCUAUUCAUAGCAUCCUCUACCAGCUCAACCAGCAGUGCCAGGCCCCAGGUGCUGCACCAAGCGCCUGUCAGGGCGUGGCUGUGCCCCAUCCUAGUCCAGCCAAGCAUGGCCCGGUGCCCAACUUUCCUAGCAUGGCUUAUUCUGCCACAGCCGGUCUGCCAGACUGCCGGAAAGGCACAGAACUGAGCCAGGGAGCCACACCAGCACUGACACUGCCUGGGGCCACCAAGCCUGCAGGGUAUGCAGAUGGUGGCCUGGAUUACCUGUUAUGGCCACAGAAGCCACCCCCACCCCCACCCCAGCCACUUCGAGCCUACAGUAGCAGCACUGUAGCCAAGUCCCCUGAGACUUGUGGCGGACGGGCAUUCGAGAGGGCCAACGGGUCGCCCCACAACUGUGGCGUGGGGCUGCCCACCAGCUUCACCGUGGGCCAGUACUUCGCUGCCCCUUGGAACAGUGUUCUGGUGACACCUACUAGCGACUGCUACAAUCCAGCAGCAGCUGCGGUAGUGACAGAGCUGGGGCCAGGAGCUGCCAGGGAGCUAACGGGGCCUCCUGCAGACACACUCUCGGGCCUGGCCAGCAAGAGUGUGUGCAACACAGCAGUGCUGAGCAGCAGCCUGCAGUCGCUGGAAUAUCUUAUCAAUGACAUUCGGCCGCCCUGUAUCAAGGAGCAGAUGCUGGGCAAGGGCUACGAGACGGUGGCUGUGCCCCGGCUGCUGGACCACCAGCAUGCCCACAUCCGCCUACCUGUCUACAGAUAAGGUCUGCCCUGCGGGCACAUGGACGGAUGGACGGAUGGACAAGGUGCUGGGGUUGGCAGGCCACAGCACAGGGCAGGGUGCUAGCAGGGCGUCCCACCUGCCCUGGGGCCAUGUGUCCACAGGGAAGCCAGGCUGGUUACUCCUGCACUGCGGUGGGCAGGCAGAUUGACCUCACACAACAGGGCUCCCCCACACACCAAUUUGCUGCCCUAGGAAGCAGGGAGGGUCCAGGGAUGCCUGUAAGGCCCAUCCUUCCUCCAUGGGGUGGGGAAAGAGGACCUUCUGCAGACAGGAAGUUCCUUCUGGGGCUCCAGCAGAGGCACUCAGACCAGGGGUGCUCCAGUCAACCUGAGUCACACACACUGGGUCUCUACCCACAAUCCCCUGGUCUCUCAGAAAAGGAGCGAAAGGAAGCAUAGGAAGUCCCUGGGCCCAAAGUGCCCCCAUCCCCACCAACUAAUCCAGGUAAAGACCACUCCGACUCCAGACUCCUAGAGGCCUCAGGACAAUUACCAGCCCCCUGUCCCCUCCAUACCCUUCCUGCUGGGAAUCACAUCCCACCCUCUGCUCUCCACUCUGGCUGGGCCCUCCUCUUCUCCUUUCCCUCGGGUACACCUUACAGGGCUGUAGGGGACAGCUGGUGCAUUGCACAAGGGCACCCUGCCCCAGAAGAUGCCACUUGCAUCCUAGACUUGUAUAUUUAUUACAGUUGUCUGCAUUUUGAGGAAGGGGCACCGCUUUCCUAUUCGCACAAAGAUGUCACAGGGGCUAGCAAGGGGCCUGUAAAUUCAGACUCCAUUCACAAGGACGAUCUUGCCUUCUUCGAGUGUGGAGUCUCCUGGGAGGAACUAGUGAGAGGGUGACCUAUGGGCUAUCACUGGAAUACCCCACCCAGCUUCUUUUCUGCACUCCCCCUUCCCCCAGGCCUGCACUGUUGGGGGGACGGGGAGGGCAUAGAUAAAUCCAAGAAGUGGUCAAGGCCCUGCAGUUCCCCGGCCCCAGGCGCUCGCUCCGGAAGCGGUACCAUAUCUCUCCAAGGCCUGUCCAAGCACUAAGUGCAUUUACAAAUCUCCGAGAAUGUUUUUUUUAUACUAAAAUUGACCAUUAUAUUCUAC